AUGUCUAACUACGACAAUGACAACUCUGGCUACGGCCAAAGUGGCAACUCGUCCCGCAACCAGGGCUUCGGCUCCAGCGGAGGCAACGACGACAGCAGCUACGGUAACUCCGGUCGCUCAGACAACGCCUUCGGGUCCAGUGGCCAGGGCAACGACAACACCUACGGCUCCAGCGGAGCAGGGGGCCUCGGUUCAAGCCGCGACAACGACAACUCGUUCGGUUCCUCCGGCCGUGACAAUACCGAUACCUUCGGCAGCAGUGGCGUCAGCAGCGGUGGCCUUGGUGGUAGCGGACGUGGAAACAACGAUGACAGCUUCGGCUCGUCAGGUAACACCCGCAGCGGCGGUGGUUCAGACGCAUAUGCGUCAGGGGCCCUUGGCGGCUCCGGCACUGGAUCCCGCAACCAGGAUUCCGGGUUCGGGUCCAGUGGCAACGAUACCUACGGCUCCUCGACAACGGGCGGCCUCGGUUCUUCUGGCAAUGACACAUACGGCUCCUCCACAACGGGAGGCAUCGGUUCUUCCGGCAAUGACACCUACGGCUCCUCCACAUCGGGUGGCAUCGGUUCUUCCGGUCUAGGCAGUGGCCGCGACAACGACUCAUAUGGCUCCUCGGGUGUUGGUGGCCUCGGCACCUCAGGCAGAGGUGAUGACUCGGGCAGGGACUACGCUCCAGCUGGCGUCCCGGGCGACCAAGACUCGUCCAACUACGGCGACGUUGAGGGAUUCGGUUCCAGGAAGGGUGGUGCAUCCGACGUCCUAGGACCGGCCGGUUCGCGUGGCAAUGACGACUCGUCAUAUGGAUCCUCUGGUAGAGACAACCAGAAUAGCUCCUCGGGCAAGGGCGGCGACUCCACUGCUGGCAAGCUGAUGGAGAAGGCGGGAAGCAUGUUCCACAACGAGAAGAUUGAGAACAAGGGUCGGGAGAAGCGCGAGGGUGCAGGGUUUGGCGAUGAUAACAACUACUAG